AUGAAAAGAAUUACGCGAUCGCAGAAAGUGUCUGAAUCGGAAUUAGUUGGCCCAUUAAUUCGUCAACGCCGUCCAAAACGACAGCCCAUUCCGAUGGGUUCUGAAAAUGUUAGCUUGACUUCUCAGAGACUAAUGCCAGAUUCGGAAACAAUCAAUUCGGAAAUAAUCUCAUCGGAUUUUGAAACUUCAGAGGAACGGUCAGUCGUACAAUGCUCAAGCUCAACAAAUAAACGUCAAAAAAUUGUAUCUGUCGCUUUCAGGGAGCAGCUAGAAGAAACAGAAUCAUUAAGUGAGACUUUAGAACUGCCUUUGAAUUUAUUCGAAGGCAAAACAUUUUCGAAUGAAGCUACAUUUAUUGAUUUUGUAAAAGAUUAUGCUAAAAAAGAAGGAUUUUCUGUUCGUCUCGACAAGGUUGCACGGCAUAAAGAAACUAAUACCGUUAAAAAACGUACAAUUGUGUGCUCAAAAGCACGUACUCCUUCUACUAAGAAAGAAAUUGAGGGUAAACGUAAAAGAGCACCGCAGGCAACUAAUUGUCCAUUCCGAGUUCGAGCAUCUUAUGAUUCAGCAACUGGUCUUUGGCAUACACUAGACAUCAGACUCGAACACAAUCACCAAAUGGUAUUACCAGAACAACGUCGAUUUAUGGCAAAUGAACGAGAACUUCCUGAGGAUGUUAAAGCAGAAAUUCUUUUACUCAAACGAUCGGGUCUUCACGUUUCUCAAAUCCGUUCUGUUCUCGCAACAAAAUUCACUAGCCGUGUUACCUGGAUUUAUAACGAUUUAUACAACUUUUUACAUAAUUCGGGAAGUCUUACCAACAAAGACUUUGAUGCUCAGGAGUUUAUUGACACACUGAAAUAUCUUCAGACAGAUUAUCCGGAACUUGCCUUUGAAUAUCAAUGCGAUCCAAUGUCUAAACGACUUCAACACGUAAUUUGGAUGUUUCCUGAACAAAAAAUAGCAUAUUCUCGUUUUUACGAUGUAGUCGUUUUUGAUAAUACUUAUUCGACCAACCGUUUUUCUAUGCCAUUUGGCAUAUUCAGUGGCGUUAAUAAUUAUGGUCAGUCUGUCUGCUUUGCAGGAGCAUUAAUGACAUCUGAAACAGCGGAAAGCUUUGUGUGGAUUUUUAAAAGCUUUCUUAAGAUUGUUAACAACCAUUCUCCAGGAGUACUAUUAACCGAUAAUGAUAAAGGCAUUUCUAGCGCUUUUAAUCGAACCUUCGCCCUUUAUGGUUCAAAACAUCGAUUGUGUCUUUGGCAUUUAUUCAAAAAUGUUGUGAAGAAUUUGCAAGGAGUGCUUGGUUCAGAUUGGUCAACGUUUUCAAACGAUUUUUAUGCAUGCAUAAAAGAAACCGAGGAACAGACUUUUUUAGAAAGAUGGGAGACACUGAAGCAAGAUCAUGUACACGCUGUAAAGUACUUAACAACUAUGGAAAAAACUAAAGAAAAAUGGGCUCCUUGUUACUUAUCUGAUAUAUUCUUAGCGGGUAUGACAACAACACAAAGGGGAGAAAGUAUGAACGCUCUUUUGAAAAAUUUUUUUGAUGCCACUACUUCGUUGCAAGAGUUUCUUGAAGCAUUUGCUUCGGCAAUAGAGUCGAGAAAAGAAGCUGAAGACUAUGCUGCAUAUAAAGAAAAUAAUCUCAAUACACGUUGCAAGUCUGGUAACCCCUUUGAAGAGCAAGCAAAUUGUCUUUAUACUAGAUAUGCUUUCUGUAAAAUACAGGAGCAAAUUCAUCAAUCAAUGAAUUAUAAAUGCAUUCUUACAAGUGAAACAGAGAAGCAAUAUAAAGUAACUCGUGUAGGACAGCAAUCCUCUUCUAGCAUGCCAGCUAGAUUGUAUUACGUUCAAUAUAAUGAAGAAGACCAGGUUUUUAAAUGCACCUGCAAUCAGAUGAAUUUUGUUGGAAUACCUUGCAGACACAUUAUUCGUGUUGCAGUUCAAUUAAACCUUGAAAGUCUUCCAACAUCACUUUUUCUGAAUAGAUGGUGCAAAGACCCAAACAAAAAUACCCUGGUUCAAAAUUACACUUCCUUUUAUAAUAGCAGACGUGCUUCAACUGCUAGAGAAGAAACAGAAUUUGAUUCACAAAAUAAUGAAGAAUAUCAAAUAUUUCUUUUAAACCAGACAUUAAGGAAGAUUGAACGUUAUGCAAGAUUGCAGCCUGGUGUUGUGAACUUUUUCAACACAAAAUUGGAAGAAAUUCUACAAAAUGCUGGAUCGGCAGUGUCAGUACAUAAUAACAAGUCUCCUAAAAUAUAUAACCCAUCCAUUGUUAAAACAAAAGGCCGCAUAUCAAAACGCGCUACAACACAAAGGCAGGCAGAGAUGAGUAGCUCACAAAAACAUGUGCCUGUAUGUGGCUUAUGUAGACAAACGGGUCAUACAAGACGUAGCAAAAAUUGUCCCAAAAAUAUACAAAAAAGAGAACGUAGUGAGUCGUACUCAGACAGUAUGACAGAUUCUACUACCGAUGAUGAAGAAAGCGAAGACAAUUAUGCAGAAGAGCUACAGGAAGACGAGAGUGAAAGUAAUGACAACGAAAAGUUGUCUGCGAUAGAAUCAUAUGCAUUCUGUAUGUUCCAUGCAGCCGAAUUAACAUUUGUGCCAGAUGGUAUUAAAAAAGGAUAUCCAACUGCAAUAGACUUUGAUAGACUUCCUGGCAGAAUCAAAGGAUUCGAAUCCAAAUUGCUGGAUAUUAUUGAAGGCAGAGUAACAAGUCAAUAUAGGGAAUUGAGUAAGGAUGCAUAUAAGGAGUUUGGUCAGAAGGCAAGAUCAACAAUGGUUUUAAUGGGAAGGUUUGAAGAGUUACAAACUGGCUAUUAUGGACCUAAAGGGGCAUAUGUAAUGCUUAAUACAUUACUCGAAAUGUUCAUGCGGACUAAUAAGUUAACAACAGAGUUAGCGAGUCCUCAAAGGCCCAUCGAAUACAUUCAUGAAGUUCUUGUCCCUGAAACCUGUAUAAUACUUAUUCAGGAAGAUAGAGAAGGGAUUUCCUAUGAAGCAGCGCAAAUCAUUAUGAAUGAGAGUAAUGCCUUUGGUUUACACAUGUUUCCCGAUGACUAA